AUGUGUCGCCGGCAGUACUGGUUUCAACCAGGAGAAGGUCUUAUAAAGAGCGCAGAGAUGAAGAAAUGUUGGCCUGUCCUCAACGUUGCUAACGGAGUCACUGUCGAGGAGGUAAACCUACCGAUCUGGAAGGAGCAUCUCAACACCUUGCUGAAUCGACAAGCGCCCUCUUUCCCUGAACUCGAGCAUGUCCAACGAUCAAUGUGCACCGUCGUGGGCGAAGAAACACCAACCGUGUGGAAAUCCAUGUUAUCUUUCCUAGAGUUAGAAGCUGCUUCUGACUCUCCUCACAAAGGUCGUCUUUUUAAUGCACUACGUAAUGAUGGUAUUCUAGAAGAGUUCAUUCGCUCAAUCAAGGACAUGAAGAGAAGAAUAACUGCUGCUGCUUGA